AUGAUCAUUGUCAGUAAAUUCUGUGUUAACAAGAUUCUUCAUAAUUAUGAUUCACCUCAUCUUCCUUCCCCUUUACUUCCUUCUCCUCCACCUCACCUUCCUUCCUUCCUUCCUUCCUUCUCCUCCACCUCACUUUCCUUCCUUCUCCUCCACCUCACUUUCCUUCCUUCCUUCCUUCCUUCCUUCCUUCCUUCCUUCCUUCCUUCCUUCUCCUCAUCACUUUCCCUCCUUCUCCUCAACCACCACCUCUUUCUCAUUUUCCUUCUACAUCUUUCUUUCUUUCUUUCUUUCUUCUCCUCAGUUUUCCUUCCUUCUUUACCCCAUCCAUUCCUUCUUCAGUGGGAACUCUCCUUCUUCGUUUUUGGGUUCCUUUUCUUUUUGUUCCUAACAAUUCUUUCUUCAUUUCCUUUUUCAUUGUCUUCCUUUUCUUCAUUCUCAUCUCUUUCUUUCUUUCUUCAUUGUUUUCCUUUCCUUUUUCAUUCUCACAAUUUCCUUCGUUAUUUUCUCCUCUCCUUUCCUUUCUCAUUCACUUCUUAG